GAACCCGUGCCCGUGAUUCACUUGAAUGCGUAUGCGACACACUGUAAAAACAUUAUUAUUGUUUUAGGGCGUCUGGUACUAAAAACAUUACAAGCUCCAUGUGUCGCUGUGCAUCUGUGUUUGUGACCCUUCGUAGCUUAUCAGCGCAAAAGGCAAACGAUUCCGUCUCCGGUUUGGUGUUGGCUGUGGCUGUGCGAUCAUUACUGCAGAUAGCGUUUGCUCACGUGUAUGAUGGUCGGAUGGUAGACAUCGUUGUGAAGGAUCUUGGAACGCACGCGGGGCUGCAGAUGUGAAUCGGCCACAUACACGCACUGGCCCAUAAAAACGCACAACCAUCCUCCGGUUUUUGUUGCGUACGCGUACACGCAUAUGGAUCUCGAUGAGAUGUCAAGAGAAGAUAAAAAAAAACCAACAACAACACCCGCCAGACACAAAACCCGCUCAUUGGUGGCCUACUGUGUGGCUCUACCCUUUUUGUUUUGUACGUGCAGUUAGUAGCGCGCCAUGGAUACAUAUUGGCCUACUGAGUGAGAUCUUUUGAGGUGGAAAAAAGCCUUCUGCUCAAAAAGUCUCAUGUAAACAUCAGUGGUUUGGUGAAGGACUUGCAGAUCGGACCGGACUGGCAUGUUUAAAAGACUCAUUUAUUUAAGAAAACACCCUUUAAAAUGUCAUCCACAAAAACAUGGGAACUUUAUUCAAAUAUUAUUUCAUCCCUAAAAUCACAAUCGCGUUGAUCUUAGUGGUGUGUUGUUAGUGUAUUGAAUUGCAUUUUGGGAGUGACCCUUAGAAUGCUAUUGCCAUGCUGUAGAUAACGCUGCUCGGCUUGUACCAAAAACCCCGGACGGUGGUUCCUUUUUUUACCUUUUUUUCCUAUGCGAUUUAUGUUGACGAGGGAGGUUUUUUGGGGGUGGCUUGACUUGGUGGGGGCUGGUGAGGGUGGCCCUGGGAGAUUAAUCAUGCGAUACUGAUGAUUGUGCCGCGUGUAUGAAUCUCUCUCUCACUCUCACUCAUGUUGCCCAUUUUCUCUCGCGUGCAGUUUCUCUCUCUCUUCUCAAGGUUGUCUUCCCAAUAAUCUCCAAAACCUGGUGAGAGCGAGAUCGCGAGAGAGAGAGAGAGAUCGAAAGUGAGAGCUCCAUCGAUGCAUCCCCUGUUUGGGGUUUUCGGUUUUGAAGGGCUUGGCAGACCCUUCAACAUUCAUCUCAACCUUUACAUUCAUUCAACAAUCAGCGACCAAUUCAGGUUCAUUCGCAAUUCGGCAACGCGCUCGUCAUCAUCACAGGUUGUAUAGGUCUUGUGGGGCCAUGUACUAAACUAACUAGUCCGUGUGUGUGUGCCAAUAAGUGACAAGGAUCCGAACCGUGGUGUGUAAUUUUUCCUGCAAUGUUCUAAGGUGUUUCGCGCCCUACUAGCCGAAAUACCCAAAACCGACGUCAUCAUCAAUCACGAUUGUGGACAGCAAAAGUGGUAGAUUGUUUUCCCACCCCGUUGACCUCCAAAAUUGAUUAAACCUUGUGGAGCAGAAAAAGACAAAACGCGCCCUGAACUAAAGUGAGCAUCCUUUUACUUGUGCCGAAGUGGGGUAAAGAGUGCUUCUUUGCUGCUGCUUCUUUCCAUUGGAAGUUUCACCGGGCAGGAUCGAUUGGUGGUGAUUAAUGGAAAAUGUAUCCGACCGGGUGUAAAUAUUAAUUAAAACGGCAACAAUGGCACGUAUGUCGCGAAGGCACGUGUGUCGCUGAGUGUGUCCUAUAAAUAGGGUGUGCAUGUGUGUGUGUGUGUGUGUGUGCUUGUAUAUUAAAACCCUGCACCCUGCAGUGUCUGUGUGUAUGUAGGCUCGGUUGCACAUCCGGAUUCGGAUUGUGAUCCUUUCAAAUCCCUGUAGCCAUUUUGUGUGAAUUUCGCAUUGAAAAAAAAAGGUAAGAGAAGUGGCCUGGUUGCUUCAGCAGGAAAAGAUCUACUCUCGCGUGUGUGUGUGCUCACGUCAACGUGUAUUAGUGAUUGUGUAAGUGCAUCCGGGCGAUAUACCGGAAAGGAGAUUGAUUGAAUUAUCGGCAAUCGAUCCCCCAUCCCACCAGUAGUCGUACGUCGUGAACCGUCUGCGUGUGUGUGUGUGUGUGUCUCCCUUGUGGUUGUUGACGGGUGUUUGUCGAAGUACGAAGAAGAUGGCCUCCCUAUUGACAGCCGCAAGUGCAACGUCAGGAGCUGCAGAUGGGGGUGGUAGUGGUGGCGGCAAACAGCAAACUCAGUCACCACAAUCGCUGUCAUCGUGUUCGCCGAGAAAUGCAGCCUCGCCGAGUGCGAACGCUGGUCAGACAGCCGCAGGCAAUACGACGGUGGCGCUAAACAAUCCAACGGCCGUCAAGCUGGGCAUUAUGGAUGUCCCGAAGGCGCUCCAGGAUGGGGAGAAAUUUAUCAAAUGGGAUGAGGACUCGUGCAAUGGAACACCGGUGACGCUGCGGGUCGAUGUCAAGGGCUUUUUUCUGUACUGGGUGGAUCAGAACCACGAGAUGGACAUGCUGGACAUUGCCACCAUUCGCGACGUUCGAACCGCACAGUACGCCAAGAAGCCGAGGGAUAUCAAGCUACGUCAAAUCGUGACCAUGGGUUCGCAGGAUACGCUCGAGGAGAAAACCGUCACCGUGUGUUACGGGGCCGACUUUGUGAACGUCAACUUUAUCAACUUUUGCUGUACGCGCAAGGAAAUUGCUCGGCUUUGGUGCGACGAGCUGAUCCGGAUGGCGUACAACUUGACCCAGCUGAACGGUCCGGCGAUCAUGUUUCUCCAGAAGGCAUACACCAAACUUUGCCUGCAGGUUGACAAAACUGGCAAAAUCCCGGUGAAGAACAUCAUCAAAACGUUCGCCACAAACAAGGACGAUCGGAGGCGCGUCGAGAAGGCACUGGAUGUGUCGGGGUUGCCGUCCGGGAAAGGCGAUACCCUCGCACUGACCAAGUUCCAGUUCGAGGACUUUUUUAAUCUGUACAAAAACCUUUCCCAAAGAACUGAGGUUGAGAAGGUGUACGAUGAGCUAGUCGGAACCUCGAAACGACGGCUAAUGUCCACAUCACAGCUAGUCGAUUUCCUGAACAAAACUCAGCGGGAUCCACGAUUAAAUGAGAUCCUGCAUCCAUACGCCAAUACAGCCCGGGCCCGUGAUCUCAUCCAGGAGUACGAACCGAACAAGUUUAACGCCCAAAAGGGACAGCUAAGCUUCGAUGGUUUCCUUAGGUAUCUGAUGUCGGAGGAUAAUCCUAUCAUGGCGGCAACCAAGCUGGAUCUAUCCGAUGAUAUGGAUCAACCGAUGGCACACUACUUCAUCAACUCAUCGCACAAUACCUACCUAACCGGGCAUCAGCUAACCGGUAAAAGUUCGGUCGAAAUCUAUCGUCAAAGUUUGCUGGCCGGGUGUCGGUGUGUGGAGCUCGAUUUCUGGAACGGACGCACUGAGGAGCCGGUGAUCGUACACGGCUACACCUUCGUACCGGAAAUCUGCGCCAAGGAUGUGCUGGAAGCGAUAGCGGAGACGGCCUUCAAAACGUCCGAAUUUCCUGUGAUACUGAGCUUCGAGAAUCAUUGUAAUCCGCGGCAACAGGCAAAGAUAGCAAACUACUGUCGGGAGAUAUUUGGCGACAUGCUGCUGGACCGACCGCUCGAUUCGUAUCCGCUCGAAUCGAACGUCGAACUUCCACCGCCGGCACUGCUGAAGAGGAAGAUUAUAAUUAAAAACAAGAAAAAACAUCACCACCAUCACCAUCAUCAUCAUAAAAAGGGCACCGUUGUGUCGAGCCCGCAGCAGCAACAGCUACCCCCGGCCGGUGGUACUGUUGGGAACAAUGUCAGCAAUAAUAGUACCGCAGCUAAUGCACAUGCCACAACAGUUAACAACAGCAGUGCCAACAGUACUACCGCCACCGUCACCACCACCACCACCAUCAACACACCCACCGGGGUCAUGCCGGCCAUCAACAAUAACAGUACAAAUGCAGCAAAUGCAAGCUUACAGCAGUCGCAGCAAGAUGAAUCUAAUGGUAACGUCACCAGCACCAACCCGAUCCCCGUCAGCAACAACAAUGGUACGGCAGCAGCACCACUAGCAGCACAACAAGCAACCGGAAACGGGGAACUACCGCACCAUGCACCACCACUCCAGCAAAUACGCCAAAGCUCAAAGGAAAGUACCGGCUCGUCGGAUACGGAUAGUUCGAGCGAUGACGAAUCCAUGCCGGGUACGGCGGUCGGUCCGAUCGGUGCGAACGAGGCAGACAAGGUGCCCCAAACCAAAGAGACUGAAGCGGGUGCGGAAAUAUCCGCCCUCGUCAACUACGUACAGCCGGUGCACUUCAGUAGCUUCGAAAAUUCGGAAAAAAAGGCACGCUUCUACGAGAUGUCGUCGUUUGAUGAGAAACAGGCAACCACACUGCUGAAGGAACGUCCAAUCGAGUUCGUGAACUACAACAAACAUCAGCUUUCGCGCGUCUAUCCCGCCGGUACACGCUUCGACAGUUCCAAUUUUAUGCCUCAGCUAUUCUGGAAUGCUGGUUGUCAGCUUGUGGCGUUAAAUUAUCAAACGCUAGAUCUAGCGAUGCAGUUGAAUCUUGGCAUUUUUGAGUACAACCACCGUUGUGGAUACAUUCUGAAACCUGAAUUUAUGCGUCGCAAGGAUCGUCGAUUGGAUCCAUUCGCCGAGAGUACGGUGGACGGUAUUAUAGCGGGUACGGUAAUGGUGACGGUAAUAUCGGGCCAGUUUCUCACCGACAAAAAGGUGGGCACGUACGUGGAGGUGGACAUGUUUGGAUUACCGGCCGAUACGGUGCGUAAAAAAUUUCGCACCAAAAUCGUACGCGACAACGGUAUCAAUCCGGUGUACGACGAGGAACCGUUCGUGUUCAAGAAGGUUGUACUGCCAGAGCUUGCUAGCAUACGGAUAGCGGCAUACGAGGAGGGUGGAAAACUUAUCGGCCAUCGGGUACUGCCGGUGAUAGGGCUGUGUCCGGGUUAUCGACAUCUGACGCUGCGAACGGAGGUCGGUCAACCGAUACCGUUGGCUACACUUUUCCUGUGCAUCGUGGUGAAGGACUACGUACCGGAUGGGCUGUCCGAUUUCGCCGAAGCACUUGCUAAUCCGAUCAAGUACCAGAGUGAGCAGGAAAAGCGCUCGAAGCAGCUCGCCGUACUGCAGGAAGACAUGGAACCGACGGAGGAGGACUCAUUUGUCGUUGUAUCCUUAGGUACGAACAAAAAAGGUGACACGUUGAGGUCGAGUGAAAACAACACAACCAGCAGUCCAGCGAGACAACGCUCCGUGGCUGGCAAUCAAUCGUCACAAGGAACGGGCGGUACGGGUGGUACGGCGGAAAGUGACGCUGAACGAGAAGCACCGCUGGAAGCAAUUACCAAGAUGGUUGCAAUGCCGGUAGCACAAUCGUCAUCCGUUGACCAUCCAAGCGUCCCUGCGUCAAAGCAAUCAACAGCUAGAGAACCGACGGUGGGCGGAGGGCCCAUCAUUACUACGACUACCAACACAUCCAGUACGGGUGUCGGUGAUUCAACUAACCAUCCCGAUGGGGGCAAAAUUGUAGCCGAUCCGUUGGAGAAAAUCUUCGAAGAUAAGCAGAUCCGCAAAAAGCGCGAAGCGCUAGAGAAGGAACUGAAGGCACUGAAGAAGAGUCACGACAAGGAGAAGCUUAAGAUACAUGCGGCACAGAAGAGUACCGAUCUUGGGGGUGAUGCCCCGGUAAAGAAGUCCAAGUUUGGCAUGGGCAACAAGCUGGUGAAGCGUUUUAGCAGCAAAAACAUGGCGGAUAUGAACGUAAAGGUACCACCGUGUGCGUCUGCUUCGGAUGCGGAUGUGACGGGUGAUGCACAGUCGGAACGAUUGAGACAGAUCUGUCGCGAUCAUGCCGGUAGCUAUCGGGAGGUGCUGGAAAAGUAUCACGAGAUUAUCUACACCCUGGCGGAAGAUUUGCUGCGCCAGUCACAGGACGCUCAGAUGAAGCAGUUGAAGACGCAACUGGAACGGGAAACUAACGAAGUGAUGCGACAACUACAAUUAUCGCGAAAAAGUGAGGUGAAGCAACUGGCAAUGGUACACAAAGAUAAGGACGAAUUGGAAAGAAUGAAACGCGAAGUGGAUUCAACUCUAGUUGAAAAAGGCGUCACCGAGCGUGUUAGGCUGACGGCCACCUACGAACGUAAGCGUGACGAGCUACAGCGACAGCACGACGCAGUAAAGCAAGGACUAGAGGAACACAAGCUUAAGGCUCGGUCGAUGCUGGAAAGGGAGGCGGAAUCGCAUGCCUUCAUUUCGGACACAUUCCUGGCACAUCUGAACACCAGCAACAGCACCACGAGCUGUUCGUCGGUCGGUGCCACCACCAACCAUCCACCGACGACGUCCGUAUCGAGCGGAAACAUUUGUGGUGCCACCGGUACCACCCACGAGAACAACGUUAACAAUGCUCACGCAUAACCCAGCAAAGGGAAGAAGGGUCGCAGGAGCUAAACGGAACUGAGCUUACCGGUACGGUGGGCAAAACUUCCGCAUUUCUGGGCAGGUUCAUUUCGGCCGAUAGAGAAGAUACGGCUUAUGUCCCUGAAUGAGUUAAGCCGGAGUACAAGAUGUAGCGGAAGGUUUGUUGCACCGUGCGGUAUAUAUUUGUAAUUCGACAGCACAACCUACUUUAGCAAAAACCCAACUUAUUGGCCUAAUUACUGUUAUCGUAUUGCUGGUAAUAAUCGGUAGACGUAUCUUCAAUCGGCUGGCUCUCGUUUCGUGGUAGCGGGCUGGCCCAAACCUUUUUCCUGAAAACAAAAAAAACGAGUCACUCGCCUGAAAUCGUACGUUUCACGCUACUACCGUUGUAAGCUUAGAUGUUUGUUAGCUCUUUUGCUCCGGCACGUUACUGCGGGAGACACUUCGGAGCCAUAAUCGUGUGUAUCGUUAGUCAAUGUUGAAUCUCCACCACCCCAAAAUGGCACCGUUUACGUUCGAGCACAAUAUGCAUAUAUUUAAGCAUGGGCAAUGGGAGUAAUCAAACGGGACGAAGGGCUUUAAAAAGAACAAAACAAACACAUUCAUACACCAGGGCAGAACAUUAACACAUUCGGGUCUCUAAAGGCUUACCGAUACCAGGCCGAAACGUUGAACGUCGAAGCCUUUUUCCGUGUUGUGUUUGAUUGUUUUCUAUUUCCAAUCGAAUAGAAUUAGAAUUAAUUAAACCGAAUGGAUUAAACGGGGGGGAUAAAAUGGAAAUUGCGGAAACGAGGCAUGGUACAAAGUGAAAAUCAGUGGUUAGUUGGUUGGUUGGAUGGCAAGCAUUGGUAGAACAAACGUACUCGGUUGUUUGGAUUGAAGUUAACAGAGUGUUAUGCGGCCCACCCCCGGGAGGGCAAAAGCUAGCGAAAGCAUAGGCUCGCAAAACCAUAGUUUUUAUUCGAAAACUUAACUUGACGGGUAAUUUAAAAGGGUAUUAGAAACAAACCAGUAGCAAUCUCGAAACGUGUGUGUGUGUGUGUGUGUUACCAACGGUUGUUUAGUGUUUUUUGGGUGGGCGUUUGUCGAUAAAAGAAGCACUGUAAGUGCCACACGAUUCUCGUGAACCAUAUUAACAUUGCGAUGUAGUAUUUAAACAUAUUAAACGAUGUGCAAUCUAUCCGUUAGAGACGUGCGUGCAAGCAACAAAAGUUCGUUAAUGGAGCGAAGAAUCUCUGGAUCUGGAGCGAGAGAGAUUGAAUGCCAUCUUCGGUAAUUCUUCCGUACUCCGCGAGUGGAGAGUUUAUGCUGUGAGGAAACAUUUUUACUUAGCUGUCAACGUUAUACUUAAAUUCUAUUUAAGAAAAAAGAAACUCAUCGCUAUAAAUUUUUAUCUCGAACUAAUGGAAAAGAAGGAUGGAAGACAGAUAAAACCGUAAAGAUGUACUUUAAAAGUUGUUGUAUGAAGGUGUACUUUGCUUAUGAGCUUUGCUUUUUUUGUCAUUUGUGAUCGCAACAUCUCGUUAGCUUAAUGUUUUUUUGUUUGUUAAUUGGUAGUAAUUAUCCUCCCGCCAUUUCUCCCGUACUCGAAUAAGUUAACAGGCGUGAAUGUUAGAAGAAAAAACAAAGAAGAUUCAAAACUAAGAUGGCAUUAGUAAGGUACAGCUUUAAUGCGUACGGGAUAAUGAUUAGCAAACAACUCUGUCACAUUCCGUUAUCGGCAAAAAAUAAAUGCGGUUCCGUGUAAUAAAGCUACCAAAAAAACCCCCAUUAUCAAUAGUAAUGUGCAAAGAUUAGAGCACUUUACACAUUAUCGAUUAACAGCAAACAAAAUCAAUAACGUAUAAUUGUAUAUGUAACCAAGGUACAUGUUAACAGUAACUGAGCAAAAGAAAAAUAAGCAAAAAAACACAUUAAAUGGUACAAUCUAUCCAAACCGUAACGAUCACUUAACGCAGUGUAACAGUGUAACACAAUGCAUCAGCAAACAAUCAUUAUUAGCCAUCUUUGCAAAGAAUAUGUGUACAACAAAACAAAUUUGGUGCAUUGGCCAACCCGUAUUGUCCAUAAAACCAAACGACACAUUUAUCACCGUAACUUAAUGAAAAUGCAUUUUUGUAAUGAAUAUCGAUGUGUAAUCCCAUUUUGCUGCUCUUUGAAACUAUCCAUAUGAUGAAGAGAGGAAAAGAAUACAUCUUGGUAGGAGAGAAAAAUCUGUACAGUAAUCGAUCCGUAUCCACGUGGGUACCAUAAAGCUAUCCUUCUAAUGGCUAUCCGCCAUUAAACCGUGGAGGCUGGAACCAUUUUUUUUUUUGCAGAGGGAAACGUGAGGAAAUGUGAAUACUUCUCACGGAAUGCGAAAAAAGCGGGAAACGAAUACAGCAACGCACUAUUUGAAUUGACAAAACCCCCUGUGUUGACCUGAUCGUGUUGUCUGGAGCGCAUCUUCAUUGCAUCUUUGCCAACAGCAAUCGAUCAUCGGGGAAAACUGGGAAUUUGGUGAAACUGUAGUUAAAAACAAGUAAAACAAACUAUUUAUUACAUAUUUGCCGUACGGAAUAUCAAGCGUAAUUAUCAUACCUAUAGGAAUAAAUGUCUCACACGCACACGGGUACGUUGACAGUCGCGCCGUAGAAAUAUGGCUGCCAGCUACUGAAAUGAUCGGAAUUCAAUUUUUAGAAGAUUUAGCCGAGAUCGUGUUUCGCGUUGGGUUUGAGGAUGAUGGGAAUACUCGCUUACCUAUUGUGCAUCGCGUGUAGUGUUGAUGUAAUGUUCUGAUGUAGGUUUCUUCUAGUAAACAGAAAUAGCGAUAAAUCCCAUCACACCACACCCCGGGAAAAAAAACGCGGAUCUUGUUUAAAUGUUCCUCUUGAAGGACGAUAGCUGAACCGGUUGAACGGGUUGUACAUAGUAGGAAAUAUCUUGGGCAAAUUUUCUCACCCGUAAAGGGAUAAAUUGGCUCGUAACAGUUUAGGAACGGAUUUUUUUUGGUUUCGUUUCAUUAUUUCCUUUAGCUCCGGAACGAUGUGUUUGUGCAUCAAUGUUUGUAGUUGUUAAUUGAUGCGUGCGUGUGUAUGUGUUUCUAAGAAUACUUCUAGCUAGUUGUUGAGAAAAAUUAUACAUUUCCCACAUUGUUCCAUCACUUACAGAAUGAUCACAACACUCGUUUUAGGAAUGGGAUGUAGGUAUGUUAUUAGGCUUCCUCUUUGGAAGAACACAAGAUUCGUGAACAGACGCCGUUUAAUAAACUUCACUCUGUACAGGGCGAUUUGUUUCCGUUUAGCUAUAAUUUGCAUUAUUUAUUUGUUUUACUCUUAUGUUUUUCUGUGUUUUUUUGUUUCAUUUAAAAUGUUAUUUCCUUUUUUUGUUUUAGUUGAAUAAACAGAAGUAAAACAUAAAACGAAGACAAUCAAUGACACUGUCAUCUUAUGAGAAAGACAUUAGGGCUUUCGAUAUUACAAAACUCGAAUGAAUCGUGUUCGAGGAAAGAAAAUCUCGUAACGGGCAGCUACUAAAAAGAAGAACAAAAAUGAGCUUUUAGUAUUUUUUUUUUUAAUUUUUAGUUGUUAUGGAUUUUUUUCUUUCUGUUUGAAAAUUUGUUCGAGAGAGAGAGGAAUCAUCUUUUAUCCGUGGUUCAUCUUUGGCUUGUAUUUUGGAUGUAUGCGCCUUAAAGUAUGCAAUGGAAGCUUUUUUAAUUUUGAUAAGCAAUUAAAGCUGUACUGUAAAUUACAGUCUAUCAUGUGAAUCUUGAGAAUGAUAUCUAAACAAGAUUUGUCAGAGAGCGAUUACUUGCAAGAUUAAAACAUCUAUUGGUUUUAAAUCCAUUGUUUGAUUUGUUUUACAAUCAGAGCAAAUAAAUUGAGAUAAAUUUUUACUAAAAGCAAAUGAGCAUUUCGUAUACUGAGGCCAACAUUGAUGUAAGUACUAUAAUUUGAUAAUCAAAAACAUUCGAACAGUACCAAAAGUACUAAUUAUUGCAUACUUUCGGGCGUUGAAUACCCAAAAACACUAGGCAAAGAAAUGCGUCGGAUGAUGUAAUACUCGUACUUAAUACCUUCUGUAACUUUAUUUCGUGUGUUUUUUUCUUCUCGAUUCACUGAAAGACUUAAAAGGAUUUGCCUAAGGAGGGAAAAAAAAGAUAUCGAACAUACUGAAAACGAGGAAAAAUUAACAUCGCGUUACCGUAACCGAAAAAAAAAUACUACACUUUCUAUCUCUAUGUGCCUUGAACGUUGAACAAAAACAAAACUACCAUACGAACACAAAAGUUUAAAUAUAAAAAAAAGAUAAAACGCACAUACACAUUCACUCAAAACAAAAACUACACUUCAUUAAUCCCUUCCAACCAUUUCAAGCGAAGCCCUGUUUGGAAGAGAAACUUCAUUUCACACUAAACAAGCGAAAUUGUCGCCUCAUCUACUUCAUAGUAAAGUAAAAUAAUAUGCAAGUAUCAUACCAUGUAUCUUAACUUCGUAUGCUAGGGGAGCAUAUUGCGGAGAAGAAGAGAAAAAAACAGAUCUUGUUAAUAAGCAAACUAUUAGACUGUUAAAAGUUGUGUUUCAAACUGUCUCUGAUGGACAUAGGACGUAGCAUAAAUACUGGAUGGUGACAGCAAUUGAAAUUAUAACGCAAAACAAACAAAAAAAAACAUAUAAAACACCACACUAAUGUUAGCAAAUUUGGAAUUUAGAUUGGAUCGUUGUUUGCAGUUGAAUGCCCAUUUGUAUGUUUGUUUUUUCGGACGAUGAAGCGUAGAGUGUUUCCUUAGUAAAACUUUCACCCUCAUAUUCGGGGAUAGGUGCCCAAUCCUUAACCCAUUUUAUCAUCGACUGACUUGAUCUUUGUUUUUGAAUCGAUCUCGCUCUCCUUGCGAAUCGAGAUCUCUUGUACAUUACGAAUCGGAACAUUAUACCACUUCGUCUGUUUGGCAACGGGGCCGUUUUGAUCCGAUCGGAUCUGACGCCCAUUCCUGUGCAGACGGUGUAUGUGUGUCCGAGGAAAAUCGACAGUAUCUUAUUGUGACACAACACAUGUGAUUGAAGCGAUCAGCGGACACCGGGCAGAAUGUCGACAUGCCAUACUCACUGUGGCACCAUGAAGACAUGCCCGGUUGACCCAAGUGUUUCACUUUCCUAUCACUUUUGUAGGUUUAGUAUUUGGCGUGGGUUGCUGAUGCUGAUGUACCCUUCGGUCUACAUUUCUUCCCAUCGGUGGGAAUAGAAAUGUGGCGCUAAAAGAAACAAAAAAAAGCGCAUCACACAGAAUAAGUAACAGUGAAAUGAAACAAGAAAACAAAAGCAAAGAUACUUAUUGAUUAUACUAACUGUGUAAGGUGUUUCAUAAUAGUUGAUAAAUCGAUUAAAAUUAAACAGAAAGAGAAAAAGAUUAUCAAAUUGGGUUAGAAAAAGAUAUAAUGAAGGAAAGUAUUAAAGUGAACAUGAAAAGAAGAGAACAAGUUACCAACAACAGUGAAAAAAAAACUGAAAAGAUACAACAAUUUGCAGCUAUUGUAUGAAUGUGAAAACAAAUAGAUAUGAAAUAAUUGAUAUGGAAAGCAAAACAGCAAACCAUUUGAACAUUAUUUGCAAUGAUAGGAGCUGAUCACUUUUUGGGCGGGUUACCGGAAGCCUACCCAAUUUUCCACCGAAAAAGGCAACAUAAAUCCCACAGAACAGAGUGUAACAAAGUUCGAUUUGAUCGACACACGUCAACAGCCAGUAGGAGUAGAAAACUAAACUAGCAACAAAAAUGAAAGAACAUAUAUAAAAAACCCCCCGUUGCACAAUUGUAAGGUGUAAUAUACGCAUGUAAUACGCACUUACCACACCUGUUUCUGUCCCCUUCCACCAGUCCGGCAUACAAACCGGUACCGGAGUUGGCAGCAUUGAUUGAUCGUUGUGAUGAAAACGGAGAGAAAAACAAACACACACACAUUAAACAAC